CCACUUCUUCUCAUUUGACGACGUCCCAGAGAAGCAUUUACUUCACGCGAGUCAAUUCAUUGGAUUAAUUUAGAGGCAAAUUUUUGCAAAGGUCUAACAGACUAUACGAUAAAAUCGUAAAUGGAUUUGUAUUCUUAACUCUUUCAGACAUUACCGCUGUUUGAAAAAAACUGCGAUUUUUCUAUGAGACAUUGAGAUCAUGGGUAUUAGUGACUCCAAGUUUUGCUUUGGUAAAUUAAAGACUAACAAGAUAAGUGCAGGAAUCAAAUCGGAUGCUGAUGCCACUUUGUCCGAAAAACAAAAGGAUCUGCUGGAAAAUUCCUGGAAAUUCUUGAAGGCGGAAAUCAUCAAAAUUGGCGUUGUGACAUUUACGAAUUUAUUUCAAACCCACCCGGAAGUGCAGGAUGCGUUUAUGCCAUUCCAAAAGUUGGCACAGGAAGACAUGGAACACAGCGCCAUCUUGCGGUCACAUGCUCUCCGUGUGAUGGGAACGGUAGAUAAAUGUCUAGCCCGGAUACGGACGCCGGAAAAACUCCAAACUUUAAUGCAUGAGCUAGGGGAGCGGCAUGUCAAUUAUAACGCCAGAUAUGACUUCGUGGACUUGGUAGGAUCCCAAUUUGUGUACGCCAUCAAGCCCCAUCUAGAAGAUGGCUGGAGCAAGGAGUUGGAGGAAGCUUGGCUUCAGUUAUUCCGAGUCAUGUCUUACUACAUGAAAAAGGGUAUGCAAGACGCCAACGUUAUUACUUACUGAAUGACCGCCAGGGGCGUGGUUGACGCUGCAUCCGGCGAACUCGCUGCCUUAGAUAAAUAGAAACCAGACCAAUAACCGUUCCAUCCUUUCGCUGACGUUUGCACGACGAGGCAAUGCUGACAUCGAAUCCGUCUUAACUUUUGUACUGACAAAUCAUCUUUUUGGCCAGUAUUUAUAUUUUAAUUUAAUUUACUUAUUUAUCAACUUUCGCAUUUUUGAUUUAGAACACUGAUUUUUUUGUUAUUCUUGUAUAGUACACUUGACAUUAAUGUCAAUUUGUAUAUAAUUUUUAAUCAAUGAAUUUUGUCUUUGAUGUCAAAUGUGUUCACUCAUGGUUAGAUUUAUCAUAUAGUUGUCAACUUUCAUUCAUUUCAAUUGUUCACGCUUUUGUAUUUUAAUCUAACUAUAUUUGCCUUGUUUAUAGACAUUUCCUACAGACAUCAUCGCACAACCUUAGAGAAUAUUUUUAAGGAUCAAAUGUCUUUAGAAAUGUGUGGGGUUUUUUUUAUAUAGAAGACAAACAAUAUGAACUUCACGUAUUGUAUGUAUAUAUUGCGGAAUUUGAUUUUUCUGGAGUAUGUUCACUCUGUUUAGUGUAUAAAGGUUGUGAAUUGAUUGUUCUAAUAAUAAAAUUGUUUAAAACGUCCUCAAAAUAUGUUCUAAUAUACGAUC